CAUUUUUAUUUUCCGCUGUAUUCUAGAUUUCAACUUUACCAGCAAUAGUAGUUUUGCGUGAAUUUGAUAGUGUCAAUUUUUUGCUAUUUUCUUGGUGGUUUUUUGUAGACCAACCUUUUUUUUUAAAGGAUUCAUGCUAGUGUUCAACUAUUGAGAAAAAUUCGCCUGAUUGUGUAAACUUCUGAUGACACUGAGUGUUUUGUUCUGUUUAAUCAAUAUUACAAAAAAAUUUAAUUCAUUACAUCGCUAUUGGAUUGCCUAAAGAGAAAAAGUUUAUUGCGGCGUAUUUUUUUUUUGGCUGUACUGCCGGUUAUACGAAACAGUUUGAUAAAAAAAAACAAAGUGGCUACCUACAAUUACGUUGAACAUCCAAGUGAAAAACACAUAAGAACAGAAUGUCUAACACAGACGGUGAGAAAUUUGAACUUUCUCGUGAUGAGUUACAAAACAUUUCCCGGUGUUUGGAAAAUGAAGAAUUUCGGAAGUUGUUUGUCGAGUAUUGUGAAGAACUCAACGAUCCAGCGAAUCGGAAACAGUAUGAAGAUGAACUGAAAAUUUUAGAAGCUGAAAGGGGAUACGAUGUGAAAUUUAUCAACCCUAAGCCGGGUUAUGUAAUUAAAACUGUAUCUCAGGAAAACCUGAAAGUUUUUGUCAAUAUUUGUUAUUGUGAUCUUGUCGGUCGCCCGAUAAGUCAAGGCUCAACAAAUGAGUCAGGUCAACGAGGUCUGAAAUGGAGUAUUCCAUAUGCUCAAAGUCACCCUAGAAAGGAUUACGAUAACAGAAAGAAAGAGUGUGUAGUAUACGACGUUGUAUUUCAUCAUGAUACGCUCAAGUUGGCUAAUUCUAACAGGAGUUUUCGAAAAUUGGUUACUGACACUGCCCUUGAUGCUGUAGAGAAGUCAUUCGAGGUUUUACUGGAUAAGGCUAACUUGAAAUUUCCAAAAUUACAGUACAAAGGAGUACCAAAAAUGACCGUCAUUCGACAAAAACUAAAUAAUCAGAAUUUCCAAAACGAAUGUUUGAUCGAUAAAAUGGAUUCUACAAAAGAUAAAAAGAUAAAAAAUAAGGCGAGUGAUAGUUUUGAAAAAUCUCAAUGUAAUGAAGAAGCAGUAUCCUAUGUCACUCCUGCUUUUAAGCUAAUUCAUCGAAAAAAUAUAGAGUAUCACGAGUUGACAAAUGAAGUAGAUGCAAAGCUUGAAGCCGCCAUUCCAAAAGAAUUAGUUUUAACAAUCCAACUGCCGCUACUAAAAUCAGCUGCCGAUUGCCAUUUGAAUAUCACCAAUAAAAAAAUAUAUUUAGUCAGUGAAAAUCCAGCAAAAUACAAAUUACAUGUAAAGUUGCCAUACGAAGUUUCAGAAAAAGAAGGACAUGCAAAGUUUAACACCGAUGAAAAAACACUCACUAUAACUUUACCAACAUCAAAAAAAGUUUGCACUAUGCUGGAAAAUUUAGUUAGUUUGAAUCAUAUUGAUAGUCACAACUCACCUGCAACUACACCCGUGAAAACACCGUCUGUCCUCGAAGAAACGCAGAAUACUCCAGCUUUCAAAGUUAUGGGAGGACCCCAAGUAAUUUCAAACUUGGAAUCCAAAAAAAUUGUCUUUCCUAAAUUUUCAACCAAUCGCAUGGAAAACACGUUUGCAUUUACUCUUAACGUUCGAAAUGUUGAUCCUGCUUCAAUUGAGUUGCAGACAGAUACCGAGUUCGUCCGCUGUCUAUUUACAAAUGUUAGCACCGGAUUUUUUCCCUGCUAUUAUAUAUUUUGUGUGCGUUUUCCUAACGCAAACGUUGCUGAGGUGUUGCACGAAGAAUGGGAUAACAAUUUUAUUUUACAAGUUAUAUUAGUCGACAGUACACUUGUUGAUUGUUAUUAUGCCGGCCCUGAUGAGAAUAACCUGAUAAAAUAUCACUUACUAGAAGACAUCAGCCAAAAUGUAAACAAGUUUGAAAAAGAAAUUGAAGAUGACAGUCUAAGUAUAGCAGUAUCUAAAGCUGCUGCUAAGCGUGAACGUAAAACCAGUUCCGGUGUAAGCAUCGAAAUCAAGACACGGUGCGACUUAGAUACUAGCGACGAUGACAUUACAAAAAAUGCAAUCGAUCAAAAUUGUAAGACUGAUCUGCCUUCGAAAAAGGAUAAAACUGUGAACGAAAUAAAUAUCUGCAAAGAUAAUAGUACAAUUUCAUUUUCAAAACAUGAAAAAUAUAUUGAAGUAGAUAACGAAUUGAGUUCCCAGACCGAUGAUAAAGAAUUAAGAAAACAGAGACGGAACUCCCGCAAAAAGAACAAAAAACGAUCCCUUUCUGAAUCCUGCUGUGAUAAUCUAAAAGUAAUAAUGGAAAAUGAGAUUUCCAAGUUGGAACGAACUAACAAUAUAAGUUCUCAGGAGGAUUCGGAUCUGAAAAAUGAAAAGCCAUUAGGUGCAGUAGCUAACGUAACACAGCGUAAACCUCGAAGUAAAUCGGAAUCGUUUUCAUUCAAUACCAAUACCUCCGAUCAUAGCGCUUCCGGUUCAACAUCGAUGGAUAAUUUAUCUGCUUUAAUACAGUUCAACCGAAAGUGCAAAGGCAUCUUGAAGCGUUCUUGUUUCGAAAGAAGUAUAAGUGAAUGCUCAUCGUUCGAUGAUCACACGUAUUUGGCUACUUCAAUGGAUGGUGGCUCAAGUUUAGCUGAGUCAAUUGAUCACUCGCACGGAGAGCUUUCUGAGUACUGCAGGAAAACUGUUCGCUUUAACGAUUUAAUUAAAACCAAAAUUUUCAGAUCUAAUUCCAGUAUAUUGGCACAGAAAAAGAAAAAUGCAAAGAAAAAUGAGAGCAAGCGUCGUGCUCAGUCUCGGCGCUUAAGUGAAGGUGAAAGUACCGAUAACGAUGACAAGGAACUCCUAAACGAUAGCAAACCUGACAUUCUUGAGGUACAAUCUGAACCGGAACAUGAUAGUGGAAUCUCUUUAGACUCCGAUGCAGGGCAGAUUCUUGAGAAGGAUACAAAUUUGAAGAAUGAACAGAAUAAUGCAAUUACUAAACCUAUUAGUAUUGGUCAGUUGGUUACAACUGAUGUCCCAAAUAGUAAGAAGAAUGUCAAGGAUAAAAAAACUAAAUCUUUACUUCGGAAAACUGUACAACGGUCUGAUUCGAGUGAUAUUGGGUUUAAAAGCGACAUGAUUUUCGAUAUUGAAAUGUGAAGAUGUAAUUUUACCCAAAGGAAAAUGAGCACAACACUUUUUUUUCUAUUUCAAACCAUUAGGAUUCAAUACGAUUUAUUAACUCUAACAUUAGCUUAUCUAAUUCAUGGGAAGUAAUCUGCUUGCUGUAACAUAAAAGUAGAAUGCAUUUGCAAUUGAAAAUAAUUUAUCGCUAUACAGUUUAGUGAUAAUAAGUUAAAUUAUAUAUGAUUGGAAAAUUGUGAAUUUUCAUAGAUCACCUAGAAUUUUCAAUAAAAUCGAAUUCAUGGAUUGUUAA